CUACUUUACUAAUACUAUCUGCAGAAGAUUUUAAAAAUGAUUGGUGAUCGUCACAGUAAGACAGUUUUCAUCGGGUUUUUGGCUCUGAUUUCUCUGUGUUAUGCCCGCUCAUUAGACUCAGAUUUAGCCGGGGAUAACGAGGUUGUGGUGCUGGAGAAGAGGGAGGAGGAUGAGGUUGUUCUAGAUUUAGAGUUAGAAAACAGAGAUAACGAAGAUAUGACAGAGUUAGAAGAAAGGUUGGAAAAUAUAAUUGCCCUCGAAGAAAAGGGAGCUGCUGAAGAGGUUGAAUUAGAAGCUCGAGGCGGAGGAGGGUUUUUCUUUCAACCUAACAAACGAAAACUGACGAAAGGGGGGCGUUCGCGAGCUCGAGCGAGGCGGGCAGCAGAAUCCGGUGACCUCAACACUUCGUUAAAAAAUAAAGAUAGUGAAGAUGUUGUGCUAGAUAUCCGCGGAGGAGCUUUUUUCUUCCAACCAAACAAACGAAAACUGAAAGGGAGAAAAUCUCGUGCCACUAGAUAAAGUUAUUGGUUAGAAAGGCAAAGCAACUUGAUGCAGGAUAUACCAACUUAAACUUAUAUCAACAGACUUAUUUACUAAAAAAACUUCAAAUAAUCAAUCAGCUCUGCAGUGGGAAUCGAACAAUAUUUUAUGUUUUGGGGACAAUAUUUUUGAACUUUCAGAGUAUUUCGAUAUUGCACAGGCAUACUCUUUAACUGAUCAUUCUCCUCUUCUUAUUUCAAACUAUAGAAUAUACUAAUAUAGAUAGCACAAAUACAGUUUUAGAAAGUA